GCCAGCACCGUGACAUCUACGCAGCUCGCGAGCACCGUCACGCAACUCGCGAGCACUGUCACAAGUACAGCCACGAGCACUCUCACGCAGCUCGCAUCGACCGUGACGUCCACCGCCACGAGCACUCUCACACAAGUCGCUUCCACUGUGACCAACACCGCCACGAGCACUCUCACGCAGCUCGCUUCCACCGUGACCUCGACCGCGACAUCCACGCUCACGCAACUGGCCAGCACCGUGACCUCGACCGCGACAUCCACGCUCACGCAAGUGGCCAGCACCGUGACGAGUACGGCCACGUCUACGCUCACGCAAGUUGCAUCGACUGUGACGUCCACAUCGUUGCUCUCGCAAGUCGCCUCGACUGUGACCAACACCGUGGUCAGCACCCUAACUCAGCCGGCAUCGACUAUUACUGCACCCCCCUCAACCGUCACCAAUACGGUGACAGUCACCGCCACGUCGCUUGUAACGAAGGUUGUUGGUGGCGUGGGUUCAAAAUAGUGAUUUGAUUUGAUUUGAUUUGAUUUGAUUUAUCCAAGCAAUUAAGCGUGGCGAAAAUAGACUGGCGUUUCGGGGGAGCUGCCUCCAUCACUUCGAUGAAUGACUGGAUGCAGUACAGAUGAAUGUGCAUAGAUGUGUAUAUAUCCCCUAGUUUGGCUUCUGUAUAGAUUAGCCAUCUUUCGCACCUUACUCUCAACUUGCCUGUAUGCUCAUUACCCUUGCUUCAAUCAGAAGGAAACGCCGAUUGAGCAGCACCGCCCUAACUAGCGGAAGUAGAUACCAAAGGGAGAUUCUACGGAGCUGGUCACGGGCCUCUACAUAAGGCAGGCAAAGCGAGUUUCGAAUAGAACUGCCAGUUGGGA